AUGUCUUUUAAUGCUUCUUAUAGGUUUUUAAAUAUGGAACCAGUGUUCUACAAUUAUUUCUUUCUUUUUCUUUCUUUCUUUUUCUUUCUUUCUUUCUUUCUUUUUUUUUCUUUCUUUCUUUCUUUCUUUUUCUUUCUUUCUUUUUCUUUCUUUCUUUCUUUCUUUCUUUUUCUUUCUUUCUUUUUUUUUCUUUCUCUCUCUCUUUCUUUCUUUCUCUCUCUCUCUUUCUUUCUUUCUCUCUCUUUCUCUCUCUCUUUCUUUCUUUCUUUCUCUCUUUCUUUCUUUCUUUCUUUCUCUCUCUCUCUUUCUUUCUCUCUCUCUUUCUUUCUUUUCUCUCUCUCUCUCUCUCUCUCUCUCUCUCUCUCUCUCUUUCUCUAUUUCUUUCUUACUUACUUUCUUUUUUUCUUUCUUUCAAAUUCAUUUAGUAACUAUCUAUUUUUUUUUUCAACAGAAUGGGGCCGAGCUUUUCCUCAAAACCAUCAUCUUGUCAACCUGCUGUCCCUCAAUAAAGCUACUGAGGGCUGCAUUUUCUGUGAACCUUGUCUGAAGCAACGGAAACGCCGACUUGCUAAUUCCUGGUGCAAACCCUGCUGUGAAGGCCUCUGCUCCACGUGUGCCAAUAAUCAUGCCUCCCGUACAGAGCCAGUUGCCAUGGACCACCAAGUUUUAACUCUCAGUGCUGCCUUGGCCCAAAUCCCAUCUGGUCCGAGCUGCCCUCAGCACAGCUCAAAAGAGAUGGAAUUGUUUUGCACAAAAUGUGAGCAGAUGAUUUGCUGCUUGUGUUUUUUCGACAUGCACCGAAAAUGUGACCGUUAUGUCCACUCACUGCUGACGGUCUACCCGGAUAAACGGGAUGCUGCCAAAGCUAGUCGGGUUGAGUUGUCAAACAAGAAAGAAAAGGCUGAGGAGAUGGUUAGGAAUGUCUUGAAGCAGAAAGAGAGCGUAACACAAGCAAAGGAAGAAGUGAAGGGACAGAUUGCUGGCCUGAGGAUGAGAAUUGAGGAAAUUCUUAAAGAGAGAGAGAAAGAGAUUUGUUUAGAUUUGAUUCAGCUUCAUGAUGAACAGCAAAAAUACCUUGACAUGCUGCUGGGCCAUGCCCAAAGCAUUGUUGAGUCACUAUCUCGCCAUCUUGCAACCCUGGAUUGUGCAAUGGAAUCAUCUUGUUCACAAUUCAUGAACAUUUACCAAAACAUGACCCAAGAUCAUAUGGUUCAACUGCCACAACCAACCCGACUGUGCCAUACGUUAAAAUUCUUCCCCAACCAAGAUUACUUUGAUUUAUCGCGGAGUUUUGAGGUCCACAAAUUCGGAAAGGUUUUUCUGGAGGCUGAAACGCCAUCCAAAGACAAGAGUUCAUGUGAAAAGUUUGAACAGUCAAUCAAAGAAGAAAACAACUUUGGGACCUCCUUGUGUGUGAAAGACAAAGACAAAUUCAUGAGAAAGUCUGAGUUGCUCUCUGAUUUUCUGAAACCGUCUUUUCCUAUAAGAAUUGGCCAGUUCUCAGCCAAGCUGUCUGGAGAAACUGACUACAGAUCACACAGUGAAGUGAUAUGUUUGCUCAAUGGGCGAGUAAUUGUUAGCGAUAGUAUCAACUGCAGUGUAAAACAGUUUAAUAGGCAGGGUCAUUUGGUUGGCUGUUUACGCACUAGUACGCAACCUUUUGGGAUCUGCAAAUGGUCUGAAGAUGAAAUUGCCAUUACUUUUCCCUAUUCUUGGGAGAUUCGCCUUAUCAAACACGUUAAUAUGAUUCUUCCAUCGUCAUGGCGUAGCUUGCCAACCAUCAACCAAUACCGGGGUAUCGUAUCCACCCGGGAUAACCACCUGAUGUGUAGUUCGUUUGAUACUCUGUUGGUGGAUGUUCUCUCUGUUCAGUCAAAUGGUGUUCAACUUAUUCAACGCAUAGACAUCCCAUCAAUUUCUCCUGAUAUUGUUUCGUCCGUCACUCAGCUCACUACGACUGUUGAUGGAGACAUUUUUCUCAUUGACCAAAACAGUAACUGUUUAGUAUGUUUAGACUUUAAAGGGAGGGUGAAUUUUAUAUUUCGUGGCAGUGAAAGUCACUGUAGUGUGUGCCUGUGUGGAGUGUUUGGAGUGGUGGCCAACGAUGACUAUAUUUACCUUGCGGACACUUGGAAAUCAAGAGUUGUCCGCCUCUUUCGAGAUGGGAGUCUUGAUAAGAUCUUUCUGACCAAAGACCAGUCUGUUUUACGGCCACAGGCUGUGGACCUCUCCACUGAUGGGAAACUGAUUAUUUUGGAACGUAGCCCAAUGUUCAUGGUACACAUAUUUGAUGUGGCCUGA